AUGUCAACAUCAUACAAACUUUAUUAUUUUAAUAAUCGUGGUCGUGGUGAAGUAUCACGUUUAAUAUUUGCUGCUGCUGGUCAAAUAUAUGAAGAUAUUCGUUAUGAAGAUGAUCAAUGGUUAUUAGAUAAAGCUAAAAUGCCAUUAGGUGAAAUGCCUGUACUUGAAUAUAAUGGUACAAAAUUAGUACAAUCAAGAGCUAUUGCUCGUUUUCUUGCUAAACAAUUUCAAUUAGGUGGUAGAAAUAAUUUUGAACAAGCCAAAGUUGAUGCUGUCGUUGAUACAAUUGAAGAUUUAAUAACAAAAUUAAUACCAGUUUUCGAUGAAGAAAAUGAUAUUAAAAGAGAAGAACUGAGUAAAAAAUUCUUUAGUGAAGAACUUCAUAAACAUUUACAAAAUCUUGAUGUUUUAAUUAAAGAAUUUGGUAAUGGUGAUUCAUUCUUCGUUGGUAAUCAUUUAACAUGGGCAGAUUUAUAUUUUUAUAAUUUUUCUGAAACUAUUCUUGGAAUAAAUGAAAAUUGUUUAGAUAAUUAUCCAUCAUUAAAACAAAAUCGACAAGAAGUUGAAAAACAGCCAAGAAUUGCAGAUUAUCUUAAAAAUCGACCUAAAACAUCAAUUUAA